GGCCUAAACAAUUUUAGCUUCACUUGAAGCCCAGUCUGUUAUUGAGCAUGUUGUUUGCCUCUCGGUCUCGGAGUCGGAAAUUUUCAAUGUUGGUGUUGAGAGAAAGAGAGAGAUGAUGGCUACGAAGCUUCAGAAAUGGCGAAAUCUGGCCGGUCGUCUAGAUCUGAUGUCUCGGAGAGAUGCUGUAUCGUCGAGGCGUCUCUUGCACGAAGGUCCAGACACCGUAGAGGAGCUUCUCGAUAGACAUCUAGCGAAGAAAGAGAAACCAAUAAUCGACGACGAUGAGGCCGAGUUUUUGAAUAGACGGCGUCUGACGAGCACGCGCCGGGAAGCGUUGAGUUUGUACAGAGACAUACUACGAGCGACGCGAUUCUUCACAUGGACUGAUUCUAGGGGAAACCUAUGGAGGGACGUGUUGAGAGAGAACGCGAGGAAGGAGUUUGAAGCGGCCCGAUUUGAGACGGAUCCGGAGGUUAUCACAAGGCUUCUGAUUGGUGGAAGCGACGCCGUUUCGUCUGCUUUAGAUAAGCUCGCGGAGAAGCAAAGGGAGAUGAUCGAGAAAAAACGCCGUGGCGAUCAACCCUGAAUUGACGGAUCAUAGGACAUGAAUGUUUCAACCGAAUGAUCCUUUUGAGUUUAAAGUGGAAUGCUUCUUCUUGGUAAAUGGUUGAAAGAAGAAGAAGAAGCUGAAAGAUUUUUGGUUUCAAAGAUCAUUUUGGGUUUGAUGCCAUUUUAGUGUUAUAAUUCACUUACACACCUUCGUUUGUGAAAUUAUCCUUCAUGUCAUUGUAGAGUUUGUAUACACUUCUACAACGCUAUUAAAAAGGCUUUUGAUUUUA